AUGUUUUGUAGGGUCACUUGUUCAAAUGAAAAUAAACUUUACUCGAUUCUACUAGUAGCAUUUCUUCUGCUCGCAACUGCUUUUGCCUACCGUAUCUUCACCUAUUAUCAGGAACCAAUAGUAAACUUCGAUUUUGAGCCCCUAUCCGAAGAGAAAAUAGCUAGAGCUGCACAGAGCUACAGGGCGCAGGAAAGAACAAUACAAGCCGGAAUGCAAGGACUGAAUAACAUAAACAUUGCCAAAGCAUUGAACUCUGACGUACUACCGCAGCGAAAAUUCGCUGGUCUCAGCGCUGCAGAAAUGUGUGAAACGGGAAAAGCGCAGUGUGUGGCGCCAUUCGCAAAGAUUCGUCCGCUUAUUGUGACCGCACCUAACCAUCAGCUGAUGUCCUGCAUUAUACAAAAGAGCAUGUCUACUGUGGUUUCGGCAAUCUUCUGCUUUCUUAUACGUGAGAAAGAGUUUGUCGAUGCUGGACGCAGUAUACUGAGGGAGUACUCUGACAUACGGCUCUGCGAAGGUCGAAAUGAGUUCAAGGACGUCGAUUCUAUGAAGAGUGGGUUACGUCUACACGAAGAAGACAUGAAUCAGUGGCGAUUUACCGUUGUCACACGUGAACCAGUUGAUCGCUUCUUGUCGGGAUUCAUCGAUAGGUGCAUAAGAUCGGGCGAUACAUGCUUCGGUUGCCUUACUAAUAUGACAUGUUUCCUGGAACAAGAGUACAAAAGAGCUACGGAUUACGCAUAUGCCGACAAACAAAGCUUACUAAAGCCUUGGCUCACUAAUGAGGAUAUUCACUGUUUCCCGCAAAACUGGAGAUGUGACAUGGAGAAACACUACAACAAAUACGAAUUUAUCCGAUACUCAACCGAUCCGAGCGGUACACUGACGGAGGACUUGUCUCGUAUCUUGAAAUCACAAGGAGUCGAACAAGCAUCAAUCAACUAUAUUGCUAACUCGCUUAGAUCUGGACGAACUGCGCAUACAACCGUAUCAUCGGUUGCAAGGACUUAUUUGGAACAAAGAAUUCGCAAUAGCCCAUAUUUGAUGGAAUUGAUAGUCCGAUUAUUUUACAGUGACUUCGUAUUGUUCAAGUACGACUUGCCAAAUUUAGAUCAGAUUGAGACGCAAAUACCGACGACAGUCAGCACUUAA